CUCCAGCCCACUUCGCACCCCGACCUAACCAAAAUGGGGAAAUCAGAAGCUAUGGAACGUCUCGAAUGCCUUCAUGAAGAUUUCAAGAGCCUCCAGGAAGAGCUUCCAGACCGCAUGGAGGAUGUAGAGACUCAAUCCCAGGAAGGCGAAGUCAAGGAUGAAUACAUCGAGAUCCUGUCCGAAUUUACUGCUAUCAUUGAAGUCGCAGAAGAGGAGAAAGCUGAAGACCUCGAAGCCAUCAUACAAAAGGCGGACGAUAUCUUCAGCGAGGCGAUUGCAUUCGCCGACGCGAAUGAUAACGACCAUUCCGCAAUCCAGCUGUUCUACGCGAUGCAUUCCUUCGCUCAUAACGACGAAACCCGACCAUUGCUCUGUCACGAGCGUAAAGAAAAUACAGUCUCCCAUUACUUCAGCAACUCGGUCAUGAAGGAUUUCUUCUCGUUCUUCCAAAUAGAUCCCGAGCGCAUUGCUGAAGCAAAGAAAAAGUUCAGACUUCCGCCGUCGUGGAAAACCACGCUUCGGCCUCAUCCGCGCUCAAACCCUUGUGCCAGGUUUACCGACAAAGUGGUGGAAACAUCACUCCCUGGUAACGUUCCGCGCGCCAACUUUGUCUUCCAGGCUCGGUGCGAAGUACAGCCUACCGACAUAAACCAACCCUCCGGAGUCUGCAUCUCAAAUGACGGAAAGGGUUUUGUAACCUCGACUUUUGGAGGAUGGAAGCGAAGAGACCCGUAUAUCAGGUAUCACUCCUUCGUUGGCGGACGCGGAACGUUCUCCGUUGGGCUAGGAAACCUCACGGAAACAUGCUUCGAUCACGACAAGUUCCUCAUCGCUGCUGGGGAUUGGGACAGAAUCAAAACCUACAUUCGCCGUGGAGAAGAAGACAAGGCCAAGAUGCGUCCUCUUCACACCAUGGCCUCCAAAGACUACACGGGUGCCAUGUCCUUCCUCCCCAACAACCGACUGGCAAGGUGCGGAAAGGGCCAACUGGCAAUCUGGAAUCUCGACGACCUGCCGACGCAUGGCCCCUCUGGCAAGGAUAUCAUUGGUUCAGGAAUCGACGAGGACGACCUGAACACAUGGAGAAUGACUGAAGACGUCGAGCGUUCUUCGGGGUCUCAACACCACACAACGCAACCCCUCGCCUGGACAGACCACAUCAUCAAGAAAUGGCAUCCUCACCCUUCACAGACUAAUGUGAUGCUUUGCGCCAGUGACCCCAAAGACUCAAAGCAGUAUCGCUGCCAUGCGAUCGACAUCGAGAACGAGGGAAAGAUCGUUGCUCGCUAUCUCGGUAUUGGAGGGGCGGUAGAUUCGUUUGCGACCAGCAGGGGCGAUCCCAACGUCUUUGCAGUCUCUUCAGACGAUGGGUACACCAGACUUUAUGAUACUCGGCGACCAUUGCCCGUAGUGACUAUCAAGGCACCUGAAGUAGAUUCAAUGCGCACCGCCGCGCUAUGUCACCCUGACGGACACCCUUUCCUUUUCAUCGGCAGUGAUAAAGAGGAAUGCAUCAGGCUCUGGGAUCUUCGCGCGAGGAUCCCGGUUUACGAAUUAGCCACUGGCAAUAACUCCGUGGUGGCAAUGACCUGGAACGACGAAGCGAACGAACUCUACGCUAUCACCGAAUGGGUAUACAGUGAUCGACACGAAGGUCCUGACGGAUACCGAGUUGGAAAGGUACCCCCUCCCCAGUCGAACACGGAGGGCGAUAACGAAGAUGAUGAUAUGGAGGAUGAAGAAGAGGACGAAGAGGAAGAUCCAGAUCCUUACAAUAAAUGGGUAAAAGACGAAUGGGAAAGGAUGUGGCCAGCGAGGGCAUUCCACGCCGAGAAUUAUUUUGGCCACACCUUCGACAUGGGAUGCCAUGCAGUCCUUCGCUACCGAUUCACUGAGAAUCCUGAUCCUCAAGCUCUUCCUGCCUGGUGA